AUGACCACGUCGCCAGAUUUUUUAUAUAAAGAGAUCAAGGCCCUCAAGACGCGCCCGGACGGAAGAGAUGGCGGAUUCGUCCCGGACCACAGCCUGAAAGACCUGUUUCGGAAACUGGGUGCACAUUUGAGGAACUUGGAAACUUUGCGUGGCACGCAUCACAUCGAUGAGAUUAUCCCCUUUAUCUGCAACCAGGCGCCCAAGGCCUUUGCAACGCUCGUGUUUUCAGGACAUGUGCACCUCAUUGUCUGCCUGUUUGACAAUGGGAUCGAUGACACGUUGCUGCCGGUGACGACAAACACUGCCGGAGACCUGCGCUCGUUCCCGGCCGAGGCGAGAGUGGAACUGGCCGAGAUGGCUGUCAUGCUCGCGAACGAAGAGGUUUCGAGAAUCAAAGACGUGGACAUCAAAACAAUAAAAAUGAAGGAGGAUGCCCGCGCCCAGGCUAUCGCGGCCUCCGAGCUCGCGGCCUCGGCCAGGGAAGACGCCAUCGUUGCCGCCGAUAAGAUUGCCGCCGCCUUCGAACGCUGGCCUCCCAUGACGCUCGACCACUUUCACGAAAUACACCAGUGGCCCUUCUUCGCACCCGUUUUCGACGGAGCUCAGUUCUACAACAUGUUCGCCGAAAAGGCCAGGAUGCCCUUCUGGCCGACCGACCAAAGUGUCAAACACGGCCCCUUUAGCUCGGUAGAGAAGUGGCAGGUCCCCCGUGUGCACCUCCCACGCGACAUGGUGCUGCCCAGCGACAAUAGUGUGCACCCCUAUGUGGCAGUCAAGGUACUGAAGCGCGACCAGUUCACAAGCCCGGGAGACUUUGAGCAGGCUGUUCGGCUCGAGGCCAAGGUACUCAAUGUGAUGAGCUCGCUAAAACACCGCCACCUCAUCAGGACGAUUGCCUGUUACCGCAAGGGUCCAGUCGAGUGCUUCGUGUUCCCCUGGGCGGACCAUGGUAAUCUCCGCGACUACUGGAAGGAUAGCAAGCUAGUGGCUAACCAGAGGCUGGCGGCCGACUACCUGUGGUGGGUCUUCCUCCAGCUGCGCGGCCUUGCCGAAGCCAUUACGCAGCUGCACGGCAGGAUCAUCCGGCACGGCGACUUGAAGCCUGAGAACAUUCUCUGCUUCCGCAACAACGCCAAAAACCAGCCCGAUGACAUCUGCAGGCUGGUCAUCGCCGACGCGGGGCUCGCCAAGGUCAACUACCAGAUCACGCAGCUGCGCACCAAGGCGAGCCUCGGGCCCAAGGGCGGCACGCUGAUGUACGAGCCGCCCGAGGCCGAGGUUGGGAGUGGAGCGCCCGUGUCGCGCCGCUACGACGUCUGGUCCAUGGGCUGCAUAUGCCUCGAGUUCCUCAUCUGGCUUAUCAGUGGUAAUGAGGGCCUAACACAGCUCGUGGAGGACUUGAAUCAGGUCGGCAGAUUCUACGAGCCGCACUGGUCCAAAAGCGAAAGGCGCACCACGGGCGCUGGGCGCCAGAAAGAAGUCGACAACAGAAUCCAAUGGCUGCGCGAACAUCCCCUCUGCAAGGGAGAGAAAAAUCCGCUCGGCCGUCUAGUCGAGCUCAUCGACAAGAAGUUGUUGGUCCACAGCCUCGGCAAACCCAUUUCUCUCCCGCAUCUCUCCCCAUCCACCCUCCAGCUCAACGGCGACUUCACUCCUGACGGCUACACAACCUUCGCACCCCCCAGACGCAGGGAGACGGGCGGCUUGGAUGUCUUCGAAUUGCCCCCGGGUAGCCGCGUCAAAAGCGAUACGAUGCUCGCCGAGUUCGAUGCAAUCCUUACCGACAAGGCCUCGUUCCGGCUGCCCAGUGCUACCAUGAACAGCUCAGCGGCAUCAUCGCUUGUGCACCUACCACUUCGGAACACCGCGCGCGGGAGCCAUCUCGAAGUGCCCGGCGCCAACAGAGCUGCGGCUUCCAGGCCGUCUGCUGGGUUCAGGCAGGGCAUUCGCGUAGCGGAACUUCCACAGACCUUCCGCGACGCCGUGCAGGUGACGCGCGGCCUAGGCGUGCGCUACCUCUGGAUCGACUCUCUAUGCAUUAUCCAGGAUGACCCGCAAGACUGGGGGGCCGAAUCCAAGCUGAUGGAGCAGGUCUUCAGCUCGGCAUAUGUGACCAUCUCGGCGAGCUGCUCCAGCGGCACCAACGACGGCUUCCUGAAACCGCGUCCCGACCGAACCUGCAUAACCGCAAAGGCGCUGGACGACGGCGGCUCCCUGUACUACCUCUGUGACGCCAUCGACGACUUCCAUCUUGACGUCGAGGAGGGCGACCUGAGCAAGAGAGCCUGGGUCUUGCAGGAGCGCGCCUUGUCGAGACGGACGAUAUACUUCUCCGAGAGACAGUCGUACUGGGAGUGUGGACAGGGUGUGAGAUGCGAAACCCUCACCAAAUUGAAAAACCAACGGGCCUCGAUCCUCGGCGACGCCAACUUCCCCCACUCGACCGACUCGUUCGUCAAGGGCAUGAAGAUUGAGCUGUAUCAAGGCCUAUACGAGCGCUUCUCGAACCUCCAAAUCACCUUCCCCAGCGACCGGCCCGUCGCCAUCAAGGGCCUCGAGACGCGCCUGCUGCGCACCUUUGGCACCACGGGCGGCUUCGGCAUCUUCGACAUAUAUCUACACCGUUUCCUUCUCUGGCAGCGCUCGGGCGGGCCGCUCAAGCGCAUCACCGUGUCCCACGGGCCCAAGGUGCCGUCCUGGUCGUGGAUGGCCUACACGGGCGGCAUCCGCUACCUCGAGGUCCCGUACGGGGGCGCCUUGUGGGAGAGCGACGUGGUUUCGCCCUUUAGCGACGGCGACGUCGAUGCGGGGGGGCCGGACGAAGGCGACACCGCCGAAGCAAAGGUCCCCGGGAUCAAGGCCGUCGCGUGGGACCUGGCCUCGGACAUGGCGGUCCUAACGACCAGGGGCGAGCGCGAGGCUGGGCGGGUGAUACUCGACGAACCAGGCUCGGAAAGGACGGGAGCGCACAAUCCAGAUGCGGAGCUGAAGUGCGUCGUGGUUGGAAGGAGCAAGCAGUGGCUGGAAAACGAGGAGCAGGUCCAUUAUGUUAUCGUCAUCACGGCCGUGACCACACCGGAGGGUUCUGCCAAGGUCUGGGAGCGGAUCGGGGUUGGUGUCUUGACCAGGGCCGACAUCUCGCUGGAGGGCCCCGCGACAGAUGUCAUGAUACAGUAA